CUGGCACCGGAAUCAAAGUCGGAACGCGGGUCGCUGCAGCACUUAGCGCAUGGGAGCGUAAACCAAAACCAGCAAAGAAUGCUGCUCUUGGCUCUAGACUGAUAGGACUUGGAGACACCCUGCAGAUCAAGACAAAUGGACAACAAUAAGGGGAUUGAUUGUGCUCUGGUAUCCAUCAAUCAGACUACCUGCUUGCGAAGCUGGGCUUUCAUGUAGUCUAUAAUACCCGCGAAAUACAGCCAGCGAAAUGCUUGGUGCACCGUGUUCACCUAGUGCACGCAAUGACGUACCAUGUUGGGGCUCUUGUCGUACUGCUUUCUCAGUUGCAGUGGCAGUUCGCAGUCGAAUGCAAGUGGGGACCAGUACAAGAACAGCCCGGUUUUUAAACAGCAACAUUAACAGAACCAUGGCCUAUUGCAGUGUGACCAGUACACCUGAUCGUUUCGCACAGUGUCUUGCAAAUUUUCAAGUGGAUGAGCUUUUGAUGCUGGAAAAGUCCAUGGAGAGAAUGGAGGUUGUUGAUGACAGCCCCAGUCCCCGCGAAGAUAUAGCUGACCUGGACUCGGCCCCCACCACAGACUGCCCUGAGGCAAAGGCAUCUGCCACCGUUAUGCCCCAGCGAAUGGCCUUGAUGGCAGCCGAUCGGGGAGACCAUGACAGUACUGGCUCUCAUGCAGCCUGGCACACUGCGCCGUCCUGGAUGGAACCGAAGCCGUCCAAGCUGCAGACCCUGUUCCAGGUCAGCAUCACGGCUCUGGCCUUUCUCUCGUUCGGUGGCUACCUGCUCUGCCUGAUCGUUCAAGCAAUCAAGAGCAAAGGCACAACCUACUUCCAUCCGGUGGCCACCGCCACGAGCACCUCGAACAAUGGGAAUGUCAAGCGCAUAAAGAUCUACAGGCGGAGCAAACGGAGCACUAAUCAGAGCCCCCAGGGAGUGGGAGAUAUUCCCAUCAAGAGCAUCCUUUUGCAGCAGGACUAUGCCACCUACAUGAAUGCGGUGCGGGGUCAACGCUGGGCGAUGCUCACCUAGAGGGAUCAUA